AUAUAUACAAUGAUGAUGAUAUCAAGAGUUUGUGCAGUUAUACUGCUAGUCUCACUCAUUGCCAUCGCCAUUGCCAAUGCAGAGAUCGGUGGCAAGCGAACCCUGGUCGUUCUGGAUGGUGAUGAUAUCAAACAGUCACAUUCAGCAUUCUUCAAGCAACUUUCUGACAAAGGAUAUCAGUUAAACUACGUACAGGCUAGCGAGCAGGUCAAGCUUGAGAAGUACGGAGACUUCUUCUAUGACAACCUUAUUGUAUUCGCACCAACCUCUGAUGAUAUUACUUUGACAUCGGCUGACAUUAUCAACUUCAUUGACGCUGGAAACAACGUCUUGAUGGCUGGAGACUACAUUGUUUCGGACACCAUCCGUGACGUUGCCUCUGAGAUUGGCAUUGAUAUCGAGGAUGACAAGACCAACGUCUUUGAUCACUACAACUUUGACAAGUCUGAGUCCCAACACAACUUGAUUGUUGGCGAUCGUUUCAUCCAGGACUCAUCAAUCAUUCUGAAGGAUAAGAAGGCACCAGUGUUGUUCAAGGGUAUUGGACAUUCCAUCCGUAACAACCCAUUGAACUACGCCAUCUUGACUGGUGUGUCCACCGCCUACUCUGCCAAGCUGAGCACCGGUGCCUCCACCAAGCUGUACGGCACCUCUGUAGGUCUGGUCUCUUCCCUGCAGGCUCGCAACAACGCCAGAGUCACAUUCUCUGGUUCAUUGGACCUCUUCAGCGACAAGUUCUUCCAGUCCUCCAUCAAUGGCCAGAAGUCAGGAAAUGCCGAGUUUGUCAACAACCUCGUGUCAUGGACAUUCCAAGAGAGAGGUAUUCUCCGCUCAUCCAACCUCGUCAUUGCCAAGGGCCAAGGCACAGGGCCCAAGCCCUCAAUCAACUCCUAA